UCCUCCCUCGGAGGGCGGGCGGCGGCGCGCAAGGUGUGUCCCAGGUGCCCGGCUAUUUCAGGCGGCGCGGCGGCAGCGCGGCGGCCCCAUGGCGGCGCCGGCCAUGGCCGAGCCGCGCUCCAAGCGGCCGCGGGUGACGCUGCCCGCCUGCCCCGCGCACCGCCCGCUGCCCGGCAGCCGCGUCCGCCACGGCUUCCCGCCCGCCGUGGAGGAGGCGCUCUGCGGCGUCACCGGCGCCCAGCUGGAGCUGCACUACUGCCUGCAGGCGCUGGGUGAAUAUUUUGAUCAGUCCCAUGUGGCUCUACCAAAUAUUUCGAAGUUCUUCCUGCAUCAAGCUCUGGAAGAGAGAAAAGCCGCAGAGGCGUUGAUGAAGUAUCAGCAGGAAAGAGGAGGCCAUUACUGCUCUAAAACCAUCCAGAAACCAAACUGUGAUUAUGCAGUCGGUCUGAUGAAAGCCCUGGAACUAGCAAUGGUACAAUGGAAAACGAUGCUACGAUAUUUUGAAGAGCUUUAUGCCCUGAGUGUUGAAAAUGCAGACCCUCAUAGUGCAAGCACUAUCAAGAAACAAUUUAUUGGGCCCAAAAUCCAGAAGAUCAAGCUGAUGGGAGAUCUGCUGACCAAUGCUCGCAGGCUUGACUGUUCCCAGGAUGGCAGAAAUAGUCUUGGGGAUUACUUUAUGGACCGGCUGCAGAAAGAGUUCAGGACCAGCAUAGAGCCAGAGUCCAGUGAUCACUGCAGCCCCUGCCCACCUCUCCAGCAGUGCACAGGAGCUGCAGAAGGUCUGAAGCGACCCCAGAAAGAAUGCUCCCAGCACAGAAAUGGCAUAGGGCCAAUAUAUGCAACCAUACACUGCACCACGAUGCUGCCACAGUGUAACGAUGGCACAGGAGCAAAGGUGAAGCAGGGCAGGGAGGGCCUUUAAUGCUCAGGCUGCUGCAGCUACAGGGCAGCUCCUCAGGCAGGCCUGUCCCGAGGGUGGAGCUGGGACCAAAAUUCAGGAGACACGAUGCUCCCUCCCUCCUCCUGCUUUACACCCCAUCCCCUCAUCCUGUGCUGAGUCACAGCUCAAAAACCUAGCUAGGACCACUAUUUGCUUUAAAUUAUAGCAAGGUUGUCAGCUAGAUUGUCACAUUUAGCUAUGCAAUUCUUACUAGAAGCCAAAAGUUCUUAAGCUUCUUCUUUCUCUUAAAUGAUUAAUAGGAUCAGUUAGUGCAAAUUAUUUUAAGAAUAUAUAUAAAAUUUAUUUUAAAAAAUAAAAAAUGAAAUCACUGCACUUUUUGUGCAAGGAAACUUUUACAUGGCAGAAAAUCCAAAUAUUUAGUUUUAUAUUACUGAAUAUUUUAUUUUACUAUUUGGUAUUUUAAAUUACUAACAAGUAUAGUAAAAUAAUGAACUUUUUAAAAAUACUUGUUCAAAAACAAUGGGGUUUUUGUCUUAUUUCUAUCAUAGCAGCAAUUUAAAUAAGUAGUCUAAUGCAUUUACUGAUCAGCUAUUUCUAGUGGUAUACUUCAGGAUGAAGGAUGCAAACAUUUCCUCAACAGUGGGAAUAAGAAAAUGUGCUGAUUUCUCUAUAGUUAUUGCCUAGUUGGAUUUUCUCAUCCUCAGAAAGCAGAUGAGAGAGAAAUUAGGAGUUCUCAUUAGAUGAGAACUUUAGAGAUUCUAGGGCAUAUUUUGCAAGUGUCACUGAAGAGAGUAGCUCUAGGACUUUGUCCAGGCUUAACGUGGGAUGAUUGCUUUAAUUAUGAUACAGAGCCCUAUCUCAGCUAGCUCACUAAAGGUAUUACUGUGGCACUCCUGCUACUUCUUAUAGUCCCUAUUUGGUCUCAAGUAGGGGCAUGAGAUCCUAGUGAAAAAACAGCACACUUAACUAGAAUUGCAUCAGAGAGAACACCUACUCAUUAGUUUUGCCUUUCAAUUAGGGCAGUGUUAGCCAGCUUGGUUCAACUGCAGAGGUGUCCAAAUUCCUCUCAUUAGUCCCCUACCAGAGUGCCUCAUUCUGUACCCUGGCUCCCAAGGUCACCUAAGAAGAGCAACUGGCUAGAUCAGCUGCCUGCAGUUAGGGAUUUUUUGUCAUUAUAUACAUCUUUUAUGCAGUUGGGGUUUGAUUCAUUGGAAGAUUGCCUCACACUUUCAUGUAAUAGUUUAGCUGAUACUCUUGUUUUGCUUGAAAAUAAAUUCAGUUCCAUGUCUGCAUCUCCAGUGUAUUCCUCAAUUCACCACCCAGGCAUGCUGGUAUUCUUCUCCAAAAGAUUUUGCAUAUGUGUACAAAACUAUGCCUGUAUUUUUCUGCAUCUGAGGAAGUUGUGCGUGAUGGAAGAGUAUGACAGAGUGAAAAUAAAUGCCAGAAAACUGCAUUA